GGAGAGUGUGUGAUUGCGAGAGUGUGUGUUUGGGGAUAGAUGAUGAGGACGACUAAAGUAACUUUGUUUUUGUAUUCGAAAAGAUGGUGAGGACAUCUCCCAACAUCAGCUUCUCAACUCUGCACAGUGUGGAGACGCUCACCUUCUGCAGGUAGGAGGAAGCCGUGGUGAUUUAUUCCUGUUAUUAUUAUUAUUAUGCGCUGAGAGUCCGAGAGCAUGCACACGGGAAAAUCGGAAGUGCGCAUCCACUCGAAGUGCGCGGCGCUCCUGGGAAUGCUCGGACACCAGCACGCUGCGGACUUCGCCGAGCUCACGGAUCUGUGCUGGAAAGCGGACGAGCGCGUCGAGGGCGGAUUGGACACAGAUCUCCUCCGUGCUCCGAAAACAGCUCAGGAGAAGGUGCGUCCAAGUAGAUCACGCACGUCAAGCUUCUGCAUGGCUCCGGGACAAGGGCCAGGACAGGGACAAGGACAAGCAAACAUCAGUCGUGUCUUGUUGUGCCCCGAGAAGGAUGGAGGGAGCGAGUUAUCAGCAGAGGACUGCGCUUUACUGCGCUGUGGACUAAACCCUCCGGCUCUUUCUGCAUCUCAGUACAACCAGAGAGCACACUGUGAUGCAGACUCCAGGUCUUCAUCCUUUCAGCAGGAUCUAGGCUACAUCGUCAAGCAAGAGGAAUCGCUCACUUUUAAGCCUUCAUCGGAUUCGUCCGAGUUCUCUCCAGAGGCGGACACUGCAGUGUCCUCAGCCCUAUCAGCGCCGUCCGUGGCGUAUGCUUUUAAUAAUGAACACAACUCCUCCCUUUCUCCUGGCAUGUCUCGUCAUUCGGCGCUCGCGCUGAACUCUGGUUCUUUGAAGAGACACUGUCUGUCCGGCUGGAUCAACGCCACCGCCCGGAUUUCAUCAUGCGCCAACGGCGUUGUUGAGCACCCAAACCCGUCUCCUCCUGCCUGCCUCCUGUCGUCUUCUUCGUCCUCGUCCACGUCGUCUGUGUCAUCGUCGCUUUGCGAGGAGCCCGCACCCAUGCACACACCAGCACCCGACAACGUGAACCUGCUCCUGCAACCACAGCGGACAUUUCUAAAACAGGAGCCUCUGGAUGACUUUUCACACUCUGAGGACGAUCUGUUUCAGCACCAGUACCAACACCAUCAUCACCACCACCAGCAGCAGCAACAGCAACAGCAGAUCUCGUGCCCACUUCAUACCCCAAUGCCCCCUCCCUACCCCCUGCACCAAUAUGGCUCUGGGAACAGUGCCCAGCUCCACCUCCAGAACCGGCAGGAGCCGGUAAGUGCAGUGCAAGGACGAGGGGAAGACGGCGGCGUGGUGUUUGUGGACAAGCAAACGUGCCGGUGGAUCGACUGCAGCGCGGCGUACGAGCAGCAGGAGGAGCUGGUAAGGCACAUCGAGAAAGUCCACAUUGACCAGAGGAAGGGCGAGGACUUCACCUGCUUCUGGGCCGGUUGCAUCCGCCGCUACAAACCCUUCAACGCCCGCUACAAACUGCUCAUCCACAUGAGAGUACACUCCGGAGAGAAACCCAACAAGUGCAUGUUUGAGGGCUGUAAUAAAGCGUUCUCUCGUCUGGAGAACCUGAAGAUCCACUUGCGCAGUCACACCGGUGAGAAGCCGUACCUGUGUCAGCACCCGGGCUGUCAGAAAGCCUUCAGCAACUCCAGCGACCGAGCCAAGCACCAGCGCACACACCUCGACACUAAGCCGUACGCGUGUCAGAUCCCUGGCUGCACGAAGCGCUACACUGAUCCCAGCUCCCUGCGCAAACACGUCAAAAUCCACUCUGCAAAAGAGCAGCAGGUGCGUAGAAAGCUGCGGACGUGUCCUCAUUUGGAACCAGAUGCUUUGAGAGACAGCGGCCUGCAUCUGCAUGGCCCUGCCCCCUCACAGCACUGUCCUGCUUCAUCUCAGCCUUGCCACACCCCGUCCCAACACCCUGUUAACGGCAAGGAUGGACGCUCUCCUACCCUGGGACAGGACAUAUUUACAGGCUUGUUCUCUGGCUCCAGCGCUGAUCUACUCUCUACCCCGCCUCACCUUCCCCCACGUCCACCCCGACUGGACCGCGAUGACAUCAUCAACACCCAGAAUCCUCCACAGCUGCCCUCAGCACCCAGAGAUGGGUUAUCUGGUCAAUUACUUUCUCCAGGACUCAGUCCACUGAAGGCUCCAUCUCCAUCAACCACACUGGUGGAGAAACAGCAAAACCUUUCAUCCACACAGCAUCACCACAAAUCCUACUCCACCUUCCACAACCUCAAUGAAGAUUAUCGAGGAAACUUCCAGAGCUGCUUCCAAUUCGGGGAUAAUUACAGAGCAGAGCAGAACAUCAACACUCACAUCCCUGCAGAUCCUCACAAUUUCAAUACUCACGCACACAAUGGCUUACACACCAGCUGCUCCAAUACAGGGUUCAGUUUGAUACCAGAGCUCGGUGGUUCUGUGUCUCAGUUCAGUCUCAGUGCAGAUGAUGGUGUCUUCUUCCAACUGGGAGCCUUCGAGCGCAGCUUGAGUCAAAUAUCCUCUGUGUACACUGAGACGUAGAGCAUCAGUCCAUCACUCUAUCACUCUGACACAUACUGUAUCACUCUGUUACUAUAUCACUCCAUCAAUCUAUUGUUCUAUAACUUUGUUACUAUAAUACUUAAUUACUAUCGUUCUAUCACUUUGUUCUUUAACUAUUCCUCUAUCACUCUGUCUCUGCAUUGUUCUGUAUACUUUCAUCACUGCUCCUUAAUUAGUCUCUCACUGCUCUUAUCUCACUCCAUCAAUGCUCAAUCACUCCAUCACAGACUCUUUAUUGAUGCUCCAUCACUCCAUUUCAGUUUCUCCAUCACCGCUCCUCUAUCACUGUUCAAUCAUCACUGCUCAUUUAUCUCUUCAUUCGUUUCUCGAUCACUGUUUCUUCAUCAAAGCUCCUCUAUCCCUCCAUCAUGUUUUCUUUAUUACUAUUUUCAUAUUACUGCAUCACUGUUUUUUCCUCACUUCUUCUCCAUCACUCCACUUUUCCUCUAUCACUCCAUCACUGCUUUACUAUCACUUUCCCUCUAUCACCCUAUCAAGCAUUUCAUUCUUUCACAGUCAUUAAGCUGUUCCUCUAUAACUCCAUUUGUGUUCUUCCAUCAUCAUUCCUUCAUCACAUCUUACAGUUGCUCCAUCAUGCUCUUGCUAUUCCUUCCUCUCGAAAUUGCUCUUGCACUUGCGACAUAAACGCUGUAAUCUCCAGAACAUUCUGCUCCAUGUUUUGUAUAAACUCAUGCUUGGUCUCCAUCCUUCAGCUGAUCGCUGUCGAGAUCAAACGUGCUUCAUAUUCAUGUCACUUCCAUUUUUUAUACUUACAGACAAUAAAAGUACAUUUUUGGGAAUAUGAGGCAGUCGGCUCACAUCUCAAAUCAGGAUCUGAUCGCUCUACUGUCUCUCUCAAUCUCUCUCCUUCUCUCUCUCUCUCUCUCUCUCUCUCUCUCUCCCCUGAAGUGUGAGAUAUAUAUCAGCUUUGUGUGUUGCUGUGUUUAUCAAUGAAUGUUUGCAGCUGUGUGUGUUGUCUUUUGAUUUUCACUCCUGUCUGUGUGUUUUUUUAUUUUAUUUUAAAUGUUAAUGGAUUUUGUUCUGUCAAUUGAACUCUCUCAGAUGUAUAAAAUGUACAGUUUGUUAAACUAUUAAUUAUUGUGUCACUAUAUCGUGUCUCGGAAGAUAAAAAUCCCUUUAAUAAUGCA